AAAGAGUUUAUAGAACAGCAAUAAAAAUUCUUGACUUUCGCCGAGCUAUUUAUAACUUUGGAAAAUAGUGAAGAUGGAAUAGUGCGCGCGAUUCAGAAAAUUUAUCAACAUGGAAAAUAUCAGGCGUCAGAAAUCGAUAAAAGACGCGCGACUCUUCAUACUAAACACAACACAGCAGAACACGCACUGAGUUAAGAAUCAAUUUUUUUUAAAGUUAACUACUCCGUUUCAACGCUGUUGAAAGAUAAUUGUUCCCAUAUAUGAAAUAAACACCGAGUUGACUUUAUAGUAGUUCACAUACCACGUUUUAUAUUAGUUGAAUAGUAGUGAUCGUGUGUGAAGUUAUUUGAAUCUAAUUAUUAUACAUACGUGUUUUUGUUUUCAUUCUUCAAAAGAUAGUUUGAUUAAAACACAAAAUGGCAGACAUAUGUGUAAAUGGAAUUAAAAAACCCGAAAGUGUCAUAAAUUUUUAUCAGGAUUUUCCAGACGGUGAAGAUGAAACUACUGAAAAUGAUAUUUUGGAACAAAGGGAAGGAAACGAAAGCCCUUCGUUUGCUGGAAAUCCAUCUUUUGCUAUAAAUGAACCAGAAUUACCCAAUGAACUAUCAGCUCCGUACGAAGUACCUCAAUUUCCUAUCGAACAAAUAGAAAAGAAAUUGGCCAUACAGAGACAAUUAAAUUGCAAGGUAUUAGAAGACAAACGCAGUCAAUAUGAACCUUCAGUUCAAGGUACUGCAGAAGUUGAGGAGCUUGACGAGCACGAUUUGUACGUUCCCCAUUUCCAACGGGUUUCAAUAUCCGGAGAGGAUACUAGUGGAGUUCCCCUUGAAGACUUGGAAAGAGCUGCAAAACUCAUUAUCCAAGCUUUGAAAAUUAGAAAACGCUAUAUGGAAAUGUCUUGUCAAAAUUUCUCUGCUACGGUAGGUAGAUUCUUGGAUCCCAAUAAAGAGCAACGACAACAUGAUGAAAAACAGUCGAUUGAAGAUCGAGAAUAUGCCGAAUUGCUGUUGAGAACUGCCAGAGCCUCAUUUGAUGACUCUUUUUUGAAGAUCUUGACCGUUGAGAAUGUCGAGAAGAUUUUAAAAAGUGGUCCAGACCACGGUAUUCAUCCACCCAUACAUACACCAUGGGAAGCACCCAAAAUAGGCGACACAGCACAUACUUUCAAAAACGAUCGUGGGGUUUAUAAAGUUUAUAUGAACGAAGAGGACAUGAACAACGACAAACCUUGUAACUACGAGUAUCCUGAUGUCAUUACUUUCACCGACGACUUUUACACCAUGUGUAAUAUGAUUGCUGAUGGACCAUUAAAAUCAUUCUGCUAUCGCCGUCUAACGUAUUUGUCAUCGAAAUUUCAAUUGCACGUCCUGCUCAACGAACUGAGGGAAUUGGCUUCGCAGAAAGCAGUACCACAUCGAGAUUUCUAUAAUAUACGUAAAGUAGAUACACACAUACACGCCGCAUCAUGUAUGAAUCAAAAACAUCUUUUGCGAUUCAUUAAAAAAACUUUGAAGACUAACGCCGACGAAGUAGUGUCCAUAACUAAAGAAGGACCAAUGACACUUCGUCAAGUGUUUCAGGUAAUGAUUCAGUCAAUGAACCUUACAACAUACGAUUUAACGGUUGACAUGUUAGAUGUUCACGCCGAUCGUAACACUUUCCACAGAUUCGACAAAUUCAAUGCUAAAUAUAAUCCGAUAGGAGAAAGUAGACUCCGAGAAGUGUUCUUAAAAACAGAUAAUUACGCGAAAGGUAAAUACUUCGCCAAUAUUAUUAAAGAAGUUGCUAGCGACUUGGAGGAAUCCAAAUAUCAGAACGCCGAGCUCAGAUUAAGCAUAUACGGUAAGACCAAAGACGAAUGGGAUAAAUUAGCUAAAUGGGCGAUAAACGAAAAUGUUUAUUCUGAUAAUGUUCGCUGGUUGAUUCAAGUGCCCCGACUUUUCGACAUUUUCAAAUCCAACAAAGUAUUGAGCUGUUUCCAAGAAGUAAUCGACAAUAUAUUCCUUCCAUUGUUCGAAGUGACUGCAAAACCAAGCUCCCAUCCUGAGCUGCACAAUUUUCUUCAGUACGUUAUUGGAUUCGAUUCAGUAGAUGACGAAAGUAAACCGGAAAAGAAUCCAUUGUUUGAUAAGGACACCGCCACUCCAGAUAAUUGGAACGACGAAGAAAAUCCUAAUUAUGCUUAUUACUUAUAUUACAUGUACGCUAAUUUAACCAUAUUGAAUCAUUUUAGAAAAGAAAAAGGACUGCAUCCUUUUGUUUUAAGACCUCAUUGUGGAGAGGCUGGACCGGUACAACAUUUGGUUUGCGGGUACAUGCUUUCCGAGAAUAUUUCUCACGGUUUAUUACUCAGAAAAGUACCAGUUUUGCAGUAUCUUUAUUAUUUAGCUCAGAUAGGUAUCGCUAUGAGUCCUUUAUCAAACAACAGUCUGUUCUUAAAUUACCAUCGUAAUCCUUUACCAGAAUAUUUAGCUAGAGGUCUAGUGGUAUCUCUAUCAACAGAUGAUCCCCUUCAAUUCCACUUUACUAAAGAACCUCUGAUGGAAGAAUAUAGUAUAGCGGCACAAGUUUGGAAACUAUCCAGUUGCGAUAUGUGCGAGUUAGCUAGAAACAGCGUUUUAAUGUCUGGUUUUUCACAUAAGACCAAACAGUACUGGUUGGGUCCUAAUUAUACUAAAGAAGGAGUUGCUGGAAACGAUAUAGCGAGAACGAACGUACCGGAUAUAAGGGUAGCUUUUCGCUAUGAAACUCUCAUCGAUGAAUUGUCCAACAUUUUCAAACCGCAUCAGUCGAAAUGUGUUUAAACAUUUAGAUACAUCGCGUUAUCUCCAUUACCAAAAUUUCGUCUACCAGAAUCCCGACAAUAAUAAGUAUUGAAACUAAUUACUGACGCGAAACUAUGUAAGUACCAAUGUUAUUCAAUGUAACAUUGGAAUUAAUUAGUAACAUUAGUAAAACCUUCUGUUAUGUUCCAUUGAAUAUUGGUAGUGAUUCAAGGGGAUCAGUAAUUAGUUUCAAAUGAGUAGCUCCGUGUGUAGAAGACAUACAGUUAUGGAUAAAUGAGCUUAUAAUGUAAUUGUUUCCAAAAGUUCCUGAAUUCUCAUUAUAAGUUACUUUGAACUAUCUGAAAUAUGUUUAUCAAAAUUUUUUUUUCGCGGUUAUAGUACAGGCAAAUUAGGCGAUUUUGAGCUAAAACCUCAAAUUAAAUUGGGCGGUUUUGAUUUUUUAGAUUCUGGGAGGUUUUGGGAUACUGAAUAAGACUAGCAACUUUUAACAAAAUUACGGGUACGGAUUUUUGAAAUUUUGAGACUUUAAACUCAAAAAAUAAACGCUAAUAACUUGAAAACUAUGAGGAAUUCGGUAAAAACUCCUGUAACAAAAAAUGUAGAGUUUUUGUAUAAAAUUGAAACUGAGAUUCUAAGCUUCAAAAUGAGUACCUACAUUUUUGUGAAAAAGAAACUAAUAAGAAGUCUGUGAAUAUUGAAGAAGUUCAUGAAAAAAGUUGUACGCGGUUACCUUGUCGGUAUUUCGGUAUAGAUUUUCUAGAACUUUGAAUCGUUUCUGGCGGGGAGUUUUCCAACCAGAUAAUUUCUAGAAUUAUAACACCGCACUAAGUUGAGAUUCUUACGGUAGUAUGAAAAAACUUUCACGCGUUUACCUUUUCAGUUUUUUCGGCAUAUUUCUCGUUGUGGAAAACAGGCUGCCAUUUUCAUUUGUGGUCGGGAUGAACAGCCAAAAAUACCCCGUUUGGUGAUUAACUAACUUUUAUCUAGCGAUUUACGAACUCAAACGCCGUGUACCAAAUCGAUGCUGUUUUAUGUCUAUUAUAACAAACUAAAAUUUUAAAUUUCGUUUCCAACUAUUUUACUCAAUGGACAUUUCAUGGUAUAAUUGAGCAAUAUUCAAAAACACUCACAGUAAGCAAACUGGUGAAAAAUGUUUAAAAAUAAUUAAAAAAUUCUUUGAAAAUAGAGUCACGUUUUUAGUGACUUGGGGUUUAAUAAAGCUAUAAUCAUUAUUCUUUAAGCUUUAGCCAGUCUGACUUUGUAAAUAUCAGUUAUAACAAAAAACUUUGGAGGACUAUUUUUGUGUAAAAUUCAAAAAUCUACAAAUUUGAGCAGAUGUUUUUUAUCUUAAUUUUUCCGUUUUUCCUAAAUUCAGAUUUUUAUCAACUUUUUGUCACCCCUUCCCGAGGGAUGAUUCUAAAAAAAUCUUGAUAAAUCUAUUUCGAAUAAUAGUGCAAAAUAAAUUAUAUUGAAAAUAUUCAGGAACUUACCCAGAAUUCGCAUUAGAGGACUCAUUUUCUUGGACUAAAAAAAAGGAUCUACUUUAAUCCUCCCAUCAACUGGGAGAAGAAUGUUGCGAAACAUAGACUUUCUGGGGAUGCCUCUGGUUAAGUGCUUCAUUAUUUGUACUGAUUCGCAGCAGAUGGUUGUUCUCAACAUAUUUUUAAUUCCGAGGAAAAAUUUUCCACUUUGUAAUUACAACUUCCUUUCAUUCAUUCAUUGAUGUAUCAGACACAGGCAACAGUCACAGAUACAGAAAAUUUGUGGCAUUUAUUCAUAUAAAAGUUUGGGGCCCAGUGGCCUUGGUUCUCUACAGUUCCAUCUAUUUUGUUACUUUUCGCAGCUUCACUCCCAGUAGAUAAGAGGCAUAAGUGUUGAUAUACAAUACGAGCUUUGGAAAAAUGUUGAAUAUUUAUUUGACAAUGUUCAAAUUAUAAUUUAUUUGAAGUUGUUAAUUGUUUUAGUUCUUUUGUUUGGUUACAACAAAAACAUUUGUCAUAAAAAAUCCAUGCAAAUUGCAUUUUUAUUUGUAAUUACGAGAAAUUUUUAAGGAACAUUCUAAAAUUUUCCAAAAACAAUAUUUCUAUAAUUGUGAUGCGUUGUUUUUUAAAAUUUGUUUUAUUUAAAGUGGUUCAGAAAUUAUUUUAGUCACUUUCAGUUCUUAUGAAAAUUAUGACAUUGAAAAAAUAUAUAAUUUAUGAUUGUACUCCACUGCAGAGUGCAUUAUUUUUUAUUGUACAUAAAGUGUAAAGACAACAAGGCUAAAUGGAUAGUAACCUACCAACGAACCUCCAAGAUUAAGGUACUACCUGAGGAAUUUAGUCUUGUGCCUGUGCCUUGACUUUUUUUUAAAAUCCCAGUUAAUAUGUAUUAAUAUAUUUAUUCCGGUGGUCCAGAAUUAUGUACAAUAAUUUCUAAAAUUGAUAGUAAGUCCAAAAAUGAGUAAACUUUUUUAAACUGAAUAAAUCAGUGAAUUGGGGAUCUUAUUUGUUCCUGCAAAGUGUAGAUUAAAAAGCUAAUAUUUCGGAAGUCAAUAUAAGACGUUAUAUAUGUCUUUGAUAAACUUAUUGUGAUUUUCAAGUACCAAGCUCAGGCUCAUCCUUUUAGUCGCUAUACUGACCUAUUCAUGUGAGAUUAUAAUUUAAAAUUUGCCUCAGUCCACACAGUCACACACAAAUUUAUGUACUAUCACCUUAACGUCUAGUAUACACUUACAAAAGCCAUGUUUGAUAUAUUGCUUUGCUUGCUGUUGUUUUGGUUACUACGCCCGCCAAAUUUCAAGUUCUUUGUCCAUAUAAUCUUUAUGGAUACUUUGAGAAUACAAUAUCACUAAAAGACUUGACCUUUGAUGACAUUUUUCGGCUGUUCCUUGAAUAAAAAGUUGCUUUCUUCAUAUCUGAGGUAGGUCUCGUUGCCUACCAUCCAAAUUAAGGUGAUGUCCAGCUCCAUUUCUUUUAGGUUAUGUUUACAAUCCUUGACGUAACUUAAAUUUAAUAUUCUGGGUCUUUUAUACCAAGUAAAUCACUGUUUUCAUUUUUGUUUAUCAUUGAUGCCUAUUUUGCUUUUAACUUUGUUUUUUUUUUAAUAAUCACCGAGGAAAGAUGAAGAGAGGUAAUUGCUUUUUUUUUUAAGAACUUUUCGAUUAACAUGCUUCUUGAUUUUCCUUUAUUUUUAAACUCCAUACACAAGAAGUUGGUAAAAUUGAUAUAUGCUAUCGCCUACUCCAUUCCAUAAGAAUUAGAGUAAAUAUAAAGAGCAAGAUUCAGUGUCUUAAUUUUCAAUUAAUUCACAAAAUUUGUUUCCUCCGAUUGUUAAAUGCCAAAAUGUAAUAAUUUGAACUUAGUUAUAUUUUUGAUUCAGUGUGAUCGAAAAUGUAAUUUAAUAACCUCACUUACAUUUAAUUCAUAUGGUAUGAGAUAGAUGGUGGUGUAAUAAAAUAUGAAAUUAGUUUGGAAGAAACAAUAAGGUUUUUAAUCACUCUUUUUAAGGGUUAUAUUUCCCUUAUUAUUUGGGAAAGAAAUUAACGUGAAGAAGUACUUGUAGAAAUUGAUGUAUAGAAAUUUGGACAACUUUAUAUAAUUGGGAACGUUUUAUAACAUUAUAAUAUUCUUAUACUUCCUUUGUAGGUAUUAGUAUUUACUUAUAUUCAAUAGUUGAAAUAGGAUUGUGAUGAAAUAAAGCCUUACUUACAUUAGUAAUCUCAUGAAUAUAACAACGCACGAGCCGCGCUCCGCGGCGUAUGGUAGAACGAACAGUUUGCGGGAUCGUUCGGAUUUGAUCGCGGAAACCGUUGCGGAUGUCAUUACGAAAGUUUCCACUGUAAAAAUGGUAACUAUCUAGUCCUCGUAUAAAUUUAUUUUGAAAAAAAAAAAUUGUAAGUAUUAUGGAUUAGGUAACAGUAUAUCUAUGAAAAUAAUUAUAUUUAAAUUAGAGUUUCGGAAACAUGUCCUAACAAUGUUAAGGAUCCAAGAGAAUUCACUACUUACAAUAAUUUUACCAUGGUUGUCCCUUAAUAUUUUGGGUCCAUAUGGUCUAUUCUCUAUUUAAAAUUAUACCUGAUUUUAUGGUUAAAAUGAACUAUUUUACAAGAUUGACAAUGUAUUUACCAAAUGUUAUUCAAAUAAUUAAUUUUCACCUCCAAAUUAUAGUAAACUAAAAAUGAAAUGUUUAAUAUCUUGAAAGAAUAGAAUUUUUGUCUUUAAAACAAAAAAAAUUAGGUUAUACUAUGAGGUUAUUCAUCUCAUCUGUUUUCAUUCAUAUGUCGGUUAAAUACUUCGUACUUUUAAUUUUCCAUAACGGCAGGAGGUUUAAAUUUUCAUAAUAUCCAUUUCAUUUAAAUAUUUUUCAAGUGUAAAACUCAAUUUUUUUACGACAUUUAAAUAAAUCCAAAUUAUAAUAUUAGUUUUAAACUUGGAAAACUGUUCGUAGUCGUGAUUGGUAUUUCAAGUCAUAUCGAGAUGUUAUGCCAGUACAUUGUCAUACAUACCAUAAUAUUUUGAGGAAACGGAGCAUAAGAAACUCAAUGUUAAAUUUGGGUUAGCUACUUGCGCUCGACCCUUCUGUAUUCCUGCUUUUUAUUACUGUUGCAAUGAAAAACAAUUAUAAGUUCAACAAUAAUGAAAAGCAGGUACACAGAAGGUCCGAAAAGGGUCAAGCGUCGGGGGGCGCUCGGGGUUCACAAGCGCAGGUAGCUGACCCAAAUAUAACAUGGCGGAACGGUGUUUCCUCAAAACCUUACGGUAUAUUCUUAAACAAACUAACGUCUACUCGAUCGCGAUUCGCUGCUCGUGCUUUUGUUGAUUAAAUGUUGAUAGUUGAUCGGAUUAUAUUGAUAUUUUUGUAAAAUUUUUGUAUCCUUUUUUUAUUUCAUAAUCAUUAAUUACUCUAGAUAUUAUAAGAGAAUUGUUGUAAUAUGUCAUUGAUAUUUAGUUUUUUUUAUAGUUCUAUAUAAAUGUUUAAUCAUCCCCAGUUAACUAUAUAAUGAAUUUAUGUCUGAAUUAUUCAUUUUUACGAUUGUUGUGAUAAUUAUUUAAAGAAAUAAAAUUUAUGCAGUAA